ACGACCCCGGUCUACUCAUCGACAUCUACUCCAUGAAGACUACCACGUCAUAUGUCAUUCCCGGCCCGCCUCUCUUUACGUGCCCAUAGACGAUGGAGCGUGGCUGUACGGAAGAGGCUCGCGCCGGGGACAUUGAUGGCAAUAUCAUCAUUAUUCACGUAGCAUGUGCAAAUAUCAUGGGUCCCGCCUAGCCUCUUACCGAGAAUUGGGUCAAGAAAUGGCGCAAUCAGAACGGUUGUGGCACGCUUCCAAAACUCAAGGAUUGAUGUGUUGUCCCCGGAAAGCGGCACCCGGCCACAAUGGCCAACUCGGGCGAGUUAUAUCCGAUAGAACAAUCCGUGAUCGAGCAAGACAAUUACCAAUAUCGAGUGUGGAUAGUUCGGCAUCCCACGCUCUGCUUACUGCUAGGGCGUGCUUGGUCUUCCAACGCGUUCGCAUCAAGUCGCAAAGUCGAAGGCGCAAGGAGGCAAGGACACGGCAACAGCUACCGGGACACGGCAUUGCCUCUUCCACAUGGCAAGCAGCGGCCGGCUCGAUAUUGGGGUCCGGGGUAGCCAACCCGCGGCGCACCCCACAUUUUGGCCGCAUGACGAGCACCCCAUUCGACGUGAUCCAAGAUGCAAUAUACAUUUGGGUAGAAGGCAAUCUGGGGCCCCACGCAACCUCAUCUGUCCUCGUUCUCGGAUGCGCUAGUUUCCCUGGCUUAUUGCCCGCGCCUCGCAGCAUGGCAUGCCGUAGUGGGCUGCCAUUGCUGCCCAAGCGCGCCUCCCAGAUGGGCCAUCCGGCCCGUUUCAUAUACAAACUGCCAUCCUGCGCACCCCCGGCAUUUGCGGCCGCUCGCCGUCCGGGAAGUUCGAGAGCCUGCUUGGUGCCUACCUAGUUCAUAAGCCCUGCGUUCGACACUACGACCCGACCGUCGCUACUUGGUGCAACUCUGAAACCACCGCGUCCCAUUCCAAGGCCCAGAACUGGUCUCUGUCGGCCACUGCUUCCCAAGUUCCCAUCAUCGCCACCCUCGCCGCCACCAACAGCAUGAAGGCCGUCUGCGGUCUCGCGGCCGCGCUCGGCGCGGCCCAGGUGU